AAUAAUAAAUAAAGGAAAAUACCCAUAAAACAUUUUUAAAAAAAAGUUUUUUGGGCAUUACUAAUAAAAUAAAUUUAAAAUAAUGGCGCGUCUUCACGUAGCUCUCCUCCUCCUCUUCAUCGCUAUCUCCGCCGUGAUUGUAUCACCUGCUGAUAAUGAUAAACCACCGUCAACCACCACCGCCUCAGCUCCCACCGCUACAACUCCGACCGAUGGCAUUGGAGGUGAUGUAGUAGAAGGUCCAGCUGAUGACAAUGCUAUUGGAACAACUGACAACGACGAUGCAGCUGUUACUCCAGAUGAUGCUGCCGGAGAUGAUGAAGUGGCAGUCGCCGGACCUAUUGGAAGCGAUUCUUCGUACGCUAACUAUCCGCCACCUCAACAAGAAGCUUCCGGAAGCGGUGCCACCGUAGCUUUUGGCUUUGUCUCUGUUGUUGGUGCAAUGGCUGGAUCGCUCUUCUUUUUCUAGAGCUGUGAUCGGCGCGUAAAAAUAAUAUUUUGUAAUGAAUGUUUGAAAUAUUUUCUUGUAGAUGUAUAAAGUAUUUUGACUAUCCCUUCUUCGAUGUAACAUCGAUUAAAUUGGGAUGAUACAUCUUUUACAUGAUUACAAGAUGAUUUUUUUUUU